AUGAAUGCCCUGAUUGUCCAGCCAAAUUUGGCAGGAGAACUUCCUACGAAGAGUUCACAUACUCUAAGCCAAACAGAAGAGCGCCCUACCCCGGCAAAGCGUCGGCGUCGAGCCCAAAUUGACAGCGAUCCUUCCCCUGUCCCUGAACAUCAGACAGUAGAGAGCUCAGAAGGGCCUCAACUGUCUGUGUCCAAUUCUCCCUCCGCUACAAAUGCGGCUCCUCCUGUUGAGCAAUCUGAGGCAACAGAUUGGAGUUUCCAGUGGCCAUUUUACGGCGAGGGGCUAAAUUCCGUCAACAUGGACUGGGCUCUGGAUUUUCUGUCACAGGGUAUAUCAACUCACAGCCCUCUUGAUACUGUGCAUUCAUUCAAUGACCCUGGUCUGCCAGCUGGGCUAGAUCACGCCGAAGCCAUUUCUGGCGCAAAUACAGAGCAACCUGCCGUUGAUGACGAUGGCCCUCAUGAAGAUCAGCCUCAAGCAUGGUCUUAUCAUCAAAGCCGAAAUGCUAGCCCAGUUCAAGGGACUGUCCAUUGCACCUCGUCAAAAGCAGCUGCUUAUGUUGAUAAUGAUGAACAAAACGCCUUUCUCGCUGCAAAUGUGGGGAAGUUACAGACGAGUUGCCGGGUCACAGAAAGCACACAUGCGGCAAUGAUUGAAACUGUCACUUCGCCACUCCUCGACGGUUUCUGCAGUCCAAAAAGCAAAUCCAAGUUUACAUUCCCGCCUCCCUUGGGAAUCCAGUACUUCCUCCAACUAUAUUUCAUUCAUGUGCACCCUCGCUUCCCAGUGAUACACGUGCCAACAUUUGAUCCACACACUUGUCCGCCCAUACUUUUGUUGGCGAUGUCAAUCUUGGGCUCCGGCUAUUCGCAGUCCAAUCAGGGUCGAUUUACCUUGGCAUAUCUUGAAAGGACUAGAAUGUCGAUCAAGUUGAUGCAGCAAAAAGACUCGAGAUAUUUGGCAUCAGUUGACAAUCUGUUUGCUUUUUUCCUCGUCGCGCUCGCUGCUAUGUGGCUGGGUCAUAAAAUGGCCUAUGAGCGUGCCGAGGGGGAUCGAGUAAUUGAGGCAUGGACGGAGUGGAUCCAAGAUGAACAAAGAAAGCGACUGGGGCUUUCCAUAUAUAUACUGGACUGUCAGAUCGCAGCUUUUUUUCAACGUCAACCCUACAUCAGCAAAGCCGAAACUGUGAACGCCGCAUUGCCAUGUUCGGAUGGUUUUUGGAAUGCACCAACGGUUUGGGCCUGGAAGGCUUUGCUUGGACCAGCCGAUAUUCCCCCCAGCACUUAUUUUUUAACGACCUUAACAAGCAUUCUUUUGUAUAACGAAAUUCCUGAUGUUCUGCCUUUUCCCCCCUUGGAUGACUUCUGCAAGACUCUCUACGCCUACGUAUUGCACACGCAUGUCUUUGAAUGGCGACAAACCAUCUGCAUGCUCAACCCCACAGGGCUAUUGAGCUCUCCGCUAUCAAUGGCACCCCAGAAAAUCGGUAACUCGCUAGAAGAGCGUCGAAUGUGGUUGGAAUCUUGUCUAGAUAACUGGGCCACCUUCUAUGGAGACAACAAUCAGGCCGAUCCCACUAAUCGCUAUCAAAAGAAUUUUCCGGGGAUUCUUCUCUAUCAUCUGGCCAUCUUAGCACUUCGCAUCAACUUUUCAGAUCUACACAUUGUUGCCGGCCGAUCUGGAUCGGAGGAGGAUAUAGCGUUAGCCGAGCAGUCAUUGCGCAAUUGGCUUCAGGAAGAGAGAGCCCCAUUCAUAUUAGACGGCACAAUUCAAAUGUUGAAGGCAGCACACGAGACCAUUGCCACUGGAGAGGCGCAGCGGAGCGGAUUCGAAUUGUCAAUCUGCCUCUUUAUGAGUGGACUCGUCUUCUGGGUCAUGUCACGGUUUGGGAGUCACGGUCUGGUUACUAUCAUUCAGCGGCAAGAGAUGCCUCUAGCCUCAAAUCUCCCAGGACCGGGAUACAGCAGCAAGGACCCGCGGAUUCCAGAAAACGGAGAGGAAACUACCGAGCAUUGUGACGAAAUGUCUUCGCAAGCAAAAGAUUUGCUGCUGUCUCAGGUUGCAGAUGCCCGCGACUGUCUACGCGCUAUAAAAUGCCAUCGCCUGGCCGUAGCUUUCGGAGAUAUCCUGGAUCAAUUUCUUGGUAAUUCGUGA